AUGGCUGCUUUGCUUCGUGUUAGAGGAGCUUCCCAGAUUGUACAGGUUUGUGCAAAUGGCGAGAAAGUUCUGAGAGGAGCUGCCAUGAAAGAGAUUGCCGUAUUAGAAGGAGAGGGAGGAAGAGGAGUGGGCGUGGUCGUGAGCAAAGCUGGCAGUAUUACAGCAGUAGGAUAUGAUGAUGAAUUAGAUAGUCAAUAUUCAAACUGGUCAUUUAAUAAAGUGAUUGAUGCUAAUGGAUGUUGUGUACUACCUGGUUUAAUUGAUGGUCAUACACACCCUGUUUGGGUUGGAGAUAGAGUACAUGAAUUUGCUUUAAAACUUGCAGGUGCUACAUAUAUGGAUAUACAUCAACAAGGUGGUGGAAUACACUAUACAGUUAAUUGUGUACGUCAGGCUUCACCAGAUCAGCUAUAUGCUUCUCUUAUUGACCGACUCUCAGCCAUGUUAAGGUGUGGCACUACUGUUGUUGAGGCAAAAUCCGGCUAUGGUCUUGAUACUACAACAGAAAUUAAAAUGUUACAAGUAUUGAACAGAGCACGACAGGAACAUCCUAUUUCUCUGUCCAUUACAUAUUGUGGAGCACAUGCUGUACCUAAAGGUAGUUCAGCUGAAGAGGCUACUGAUCACAUUCUUCAGGAGCAAAUUCCCGCUAUUGUUGAACAAUGUGCUCAAGAUCAGCUGCAUGUUGAUAAUAUUGAUGUAUUUUGUGAGAAAGGAGUGUUUGAUAGAAACCAAUCACGUGAGAUUUUACUAGCUGGGAAAAAAGCAGGAUGGAAAAUCAAUUUCCAUGGCGAUGAGCUUCAUCCAAUGCAGUGUGGAGAACUUGCUGGUGAACUGGAGGCUGAUGCCGUCAGCCAUCUUGAGGAGGUAAGUGAUUCUGGUAUAUCUGCUAUGGUCCAGUCAGGUACAGUUGGUAUCCUGUUACCAACGACUGCAUAUAUACUACGACUAAAAUCUCCACCAGCCAGAAAAAUGAUUGACCAAGGGAUGGCAGUUGCUUUGGGUAGUGAUUUCAAUCCUAAUGCAUACUGCAUGUCAAUGCCUUUAGUAAUGCAUCUAGCCUGCGUUAAUUUGCAUAUGACAAUGGAAGAAGCUCUUGUCGCUGCCACAAUUAAUUCUGCUGCAGCAUUAGGUAUGGCAGAAGAUGUUGGAUCAAUUGAAGUUGGAAAGAGAGGAGAUUUGUUAAUAUUGUCCACUGCUAGAUGGGAGCAUUUAGUAUACCAAUUAGCCUGUCAUGAUCAAUGUAUUAAAUAUGUUAUUAAAGAUGGAAAUAUCGUAUACUCCAAAUAA